UUCGCACUUUGUCUCCGCUUUGGACCUACCAAAAAGCAAACUUGCCGUAUUUUCCCUGCGUUUUUAAAGCUUAUCAAAGUGCGAAUAUGAGUUUUUCUGAUUCCAAAAUUUGAAUUCUCAAUUUCCUUCUGUUGUUGGUUUUCACUAGGGGAGAGAAUCAUAAGGUAUUUUGGUACCUCCAUGGUGUUUACUUGUACCUCAUUAUGGCCUUUACCUCUUUUAUAUUGUCAACUGUGAUUUGCUUGUCUUGUACCAAUAUUAGCUGAAAAAUGGUGGCUAAAUGCAAUUCUGCGUUGGCUCCUGCAGCUGUGGUGCCAUGACUCAUGAUUCGAAGUCAUGUAUGGAAAGACCUCGGGAAGUGGGAGCCAAAUGGACAAACACACACAUUGCACCUGAUGAAAAGAUAGAGACCUUUGAGCUUGACUAUGAUGGUAAGAGAGACCGGUGGAAUGGCUAUGACGCGUCAAGCUAUGCUCUUGUGAUUGAGAGAUAUGAGGCUAGGGAUAAUGCUCGAAGAAAAUAUCUCAAGGAACAACAGCUGAAGAAAUUAGAGGAGAAAAACAAUAACCAAAAUGGUGAGGAUGGUGAUAGUGAUGAGGAAGAUGAGGAAGAUGACUUAAGGGUGGAUGAGGCAAAGGUUGAUGAAAGCAAGCAGAUGGACUUUGCAAAGGUUGAGAAGCGUGUUCGCACAACAGGUGGUGGAAGUACUGGAUCUGUUAGGAACCUUCGUAUUCGGGAGGAUACGGCGAAGUAUCUUUUGAAUCUUGAUGUUAAUUCAGCACACUAUGAUCCCAAAACUCGGUCCAUGUGUGAGGAUCCCCUUCCAGAUGCCGAUCCAAAUGAGAAGUUCUAUGAGGGUGAUAACCAAUAUAGAAAUAGUGGUCAAGCUCUUGAAUUUAAGCAGCUUAACACACAUGCUUGGGAAGCAUUUGAUAAAGGGCAAGACAUCCACAUGCAAGCAGCGCCAUCUCAAGCUGAGUUGCUUUACAAGAACUAUAAAGUUAUUAAGGAAAAAUUGAAGUUUCAAACAAAGGAUACCAUCCUGGAAAGGUAUGGCAAUGCAGCCUCAGAGGAAGAGCUCCCAAGAGAGCUGCUCCUGGGACAGAGCGAGAGAGAAGUGGAAUAUGAUCGUGCUGGCAGGAUCAUUAAGGGGCAGGAGUCAGCAUUGCCCAGAAGCAAGUAUGAGGAGGAUGUUUUUAUUAAUAACCACCCUUGUGUUUGGGGUUCAUGGUGGAAGGAUCAUCAAUGGGGCUACAAGUGCUGCAAACAGACUAUCAGAAAUAGCUACUGUACGGGUGCUGCCGGAAUUGAAGCUGCCGAGGCAGUAAAUGAACUAAUGAAAUCAAAUAUUGCUCGAAAAGGAGCCACAGAAGAGGUGGCUGCCCCAGCGGAGGAGAAGAGGCUGGCUACCUGGGGAACUGAUGUCCCUGAUGAUUUGGAGUUGGACCAGAAACUUCUUGCUGAAGCACUUAAGAAGGUAACUGGACCAUUUUCAGUUCUCUGUUCGUGCUUUAUUUUCUCCUUUCCAACCUAUAUCCUCUUAAACAGGAUAAUUGAGGAAAGAAGUGGGAAUUUCAUAUAGAUCAACAAGUACAAUGUUACCAUUGAAAAUCGAUGAUGAAAUUGAGGGUAGCUAGACAUUGUUGCUCAGAAUAAAUUUAGUUUUUAGUUUAGUAGUGUAUACUGCACUGCAGAGGGGAGGGGAGGGGAGUGGAGGCUCGGUGUAUAGUAAGGGAAAGGUGACAGAAUGUUAUGCCUGUGAUUUGUGGUAACCGCCUCUUUUUUUAGAAACAAUGGGAAAGCAACGGUUGAGUCAUAGACAGUCCAUGUUUAAUUCGGCUAAUUCUUGUUUGAUUCACUUUGCACGGGAGGAUAUAAGAAAGCGAGAAGAGAAAGAUGAAAGGAAGCGCAAAUACAAUGUCAGAUGGGAGGAUGAGGUUACUGCUGAGGAUAUGGAGGCUUAUCGGAUGAAGAAGAUACACCAUGAUGAUCCAAUGAAAGCAUUUCUGAGCUAGGUAGAUAAAUAGCAUGUAAUAGUCAGCUGGUCUACUUGGAACACACAUACACUAUGGAUGUUAUGUGAUCGUUCGUGUUACAUCAAAAUAACCAUAUGCUAGUGUUCCCCUAGUAUUCUGUAUUGAAUCCAGCCUCGCGGCAUGUGUUGGCAAUUCUGUUUUGUGGCAAUUGUUUCUGCUAUAGGAUGAAUACAAAGCUGAAUAUUGGGGAAUUCUUAUGCUUUUUGGUUGUUUAGUUUAUUUAUUGACAUAAUGAAGGUGAUGUAUUUAAUGAA